AUGAGGGUGGCGGUGACGGGCGCGACGGGGUACCUGGGCGGGCGCCUGUGCGCGGCGCUGGCGGGCGCGGGCCACGACGUGCGGGCGUUCGUGCGCCGCACCAGCGACGCCUCAGGCCUGCCGGACGCCGUCGAGCUCGCCUACGGCGACGUCGGCGACGCGGACUCCCUCGCCGCCGCGUUCCACGGGUGCGACGCCGUCUUCCACGCCGCCGCGUCCGUCGAGCCAUGGCUACCCGACCCCUCCGUCUUCACUGCCGUCAAUGUGAGAGGGCUUGAGAAUGUGCUGAAGGCAGCCAAGAGAACACCAACAGUAAAGAAGAUUGUAUAUACGUCGUCGUUCUUCGCACUUGGCACAACAGAUGGCUACGUCGCAGACGAGACACAGAUGCAUCAAGGGAAAACAUUUUGCACGGAGUACGAGAAAUCAAAGGUUCUUGCGGAUAGAAUCGCAUUGCAGGCAGCAGCGGAGGGAGUGCCAAUAACCAUUGUCUACCCAGGAGUUAUCUACGGUCCUGGAAAACUUACAACUGGAAACCUUGUCUCCCGCAUUUUAAUUGAAAGGUUUAAUGGUCGCCUACCUGGUUACAUUGGAGAUGGGUAUGACAGAGAAUCAUUCUGCCAUGUCGAUGAUGUUGUUAGUGGACACAUAGCAGCUAUGGAGAAGGGCAGAGUGGGCGAAAGAUAUCUCCUCACCGGAGAAAACAUGUCAUUCAUGCAGAUUUUCAACAUGGCUGCUAGUAUCACAAGCACAAGAGCUCCCUGGUUCCACGUACCGCUCUGGGCGAUUGAAAUAUAUGGGUGGAUUUCAGUCUUCAUUUCUCGCAUCACUGGAAAGCUCCCACUGAUCAGUUACCCUACGGUGCGUGUUCUUAGACAUCAAUGGGCAUAUUCAUGUGACAAAGCAAAGAGGGAACUGGGCUACAGUCCGAGAAACUUAACUGAAGGUCUAGCUGAGAUGCUUUUAUGGCUCAAGGAUGAAAAACUGAUAAAAUUUUAGAGUUUUGCCCUUUUGUUGGUACUCUGUUAUAUGUUACACUUCAUGUGCAUUGAUAUUACUUAUGUACUAGAAUCUUUUACAUGUAUAUACUUCGGUAUGCCACUACGUUGUUGUAUCAAGAAGCUGAGAUGUAAUAAAUGUAAUACUGAGUCCAUACAAUGAAGGAAGAAAUAGUAUUAUUUUCAAGCAAAUA